AAUAAUCAAUAGAAAAAUAUAUAUAAGUACGAAACAUAAGCACGCUAAGUCAAGGCGAAGCGCAACAACAACAGCAAUAGCAAGUACAAGCGAUUAACGCAUUAAGCCGUUGCAAGAAGAGUCGAAAAACCUACUCACCUAAUUUUGCCCACAGGAUACAUACAUACAUACCUACAAACACGCACAUACGAGCGCACCGUCGCAUUCGGCCAUCAGAGCAUUUGGGCGUGACUCGCAGGCAUUUCAACGUCUCAGCACUCAACASGACAGAMAAGUAAGKGCCGCAAGGACUGCCGCGUGUGGAAAUCGUAUUUAAUAAAACACUUUUGUGUGCUCAAUUUGCCAACUUCCUGGUGUAUCCGAARCGUUGAACAACGGUACAAGCGYUCGCGCCUAUUAAGGMACUUGGCUUUGGUAAGAGUAGAGUUGAACACCUGCGGACCGCGAGACAGUUGAGCGCACGUGUGCAAAGCGUCUCGAACUGAACAGCGCAGCACUGUUCGGUUAACUCACAGUUUUCUGUCAAUAUUAGCGCUAUAGCAACUGCUGGGUGUGGGCGAUACUGCGCCCCGCCACCGUAGCAGUGAUGCAAGCAAAUUUCGAUAACAACGUCACAGAAAAGGAGCCUAAAACCAGCACCCUGAAUUUCUCAUCGUUCAAAUCAAGCUUUACUUCCAAUGUUAAUUUCCUGAAGAGAAGAUUUAGCUCGGGAGACCUCUCUUCCGAGCACGACGAUGUCGAUCCCAGUCAACUGCCGCCUGCUGCGCGGCCAAUUCAGGAUCAGCCCACGAAGCCGCCAAUCAGUAGUGGUGGUCCACCGGUCAUGCCACCGCCGCCAGCACCGGGUGUUCCGCCUGCCGGUGGCGCUGCUGGUGCCCCCGGCGGUCCGGAGUUGUCGYUGAGUUUCGGUGGUGGCAAGGCAGCGGCACCAGCACCGCCGCGCGGCGUCAGCGCUCCAACCAGCCCAGCGAAGUCGCGUGAGAGUUUGCUGCAACGUGUGCAGAGUUUGACGGGAGCAGCGCGUGAUCAAGGCGCUUCCAUUUUGGGUGCGGCGGUGCAGAGUGCCACACGAGCGCCAACCUUCAACAAGGACAAGUACUUCACGUUGCUCGUACUCGACGACCAAAACACCGACUGGUCGAAGUACUUCCGCGGCAAGCGGCUACAUGGCGAUUUCGAUAUACGCGUAGAGCAGGCUGAGUUCCGGGAUAUUUCGCUUACUGCCAGCGCCGAAACUGGACCCAUUAUUUCCAUGGCUGUCUACCGUGGCGGCACCAGGGUGGCACGCUCAUUCCGACCGGACUUUGUGCUGAUACGUCAACCACCACGUGACGGUUCCAAUGACUAUCGCUCGACCAUUAUCGGGCUCAAGUAUGGCGGCGUGCCCAGCAUUAAUUCGUUGCACUCGAUUUAUCAAUUUCAGGAUAAACCUUGGGUAUUUGCUCAUUUGCUGCAAUUGCAACGUCGUUUGGGUCGCGACGCUUUUCCACUGAUCGAGCAGACCUUCUUCCCCAAUGCAAGGGAUUUGUUCAGUUGGACCAAGUUCCCGUGUGUUUUGAAGGCAGGUCAUUGCCAUGGUGGUGUGGCCACCGCACGUCUGGAGAAUCARAGCGCUCUGCAAGAUGCAGCCGGCCUUGUCACCGGUUCGGGCAAUGAUGCGCACUGCUACUGCACCAUUGAGCCGUACAUCGAUGCUAAGUUCGAUGUGCACAUUCAGAAGAUCGGAAAUAAUUACAAGGCCUUCAUGCGCAAAUCGAUCUCAGGCCAUUGGAAAACUAAUCAAGGCUCAGCGAUGCUCGAGCAAAUCACGUUAACGGAGAAGUACAAGUCCUGGGUGGAUGAGAUUUCCGAGCUCUUUGGCGGCAUGGAGGUAUGCGGCAUAUCCGUGGUGGUCGGCAAAGACGGCCGCGAGCACAUCAUAAGUGCUUGUGAUUGUACAUUUGCUCUAAUUGGCGAUAGUCAGGAAGAAGAUCGGCGCCAGAUCGCAGAUUUAGUCUCGGCACGAAUGCAAAACGUCUGUCGGCCAAGCAUGGCACAGGCUGGUGGACCACCACAUGGUAUACGUCAACCAUCUCGCUCAUCCAUUUCCUCGCGUGGUGAGAGUCCUACCGAGGAUAUGGCACCAACACCACCGGCACCCGCCGGUCCACGUCCGGCUCCAAUGGGCGGUCCACCACCAAUACCCGAGCGUACUUCACCAGCAGUCGGCUCAAUAGGACGUCUCAGCAGUCGCAGCAGCAUUUCCGAGGUACCUGAGGAGCCAACUGCACCGGCUCCGACCAGUGUACCCGGAAGCGCGGGCGGUGUGGUCCGACGGGAUUCACAAACAUCGCAGACAUCGAGCGUAUCGUCGGCCUCGAGGGUCUCGACACGUCCGCCGCAAACGCAAAGUUCCGUUGUUGAAGAUGCGGAGGAUACAAUGAAGAAUUUGCGUAAGACCUUUGCGGGGAUAUUUGGUGACAUGUAGGAAUUAGCGAACAAGAAACGCGGAAGAACAGCUAGCGAGACAAGCAGCGGUGGCGGUGGACCUGGCAGUGCAGGCGGCAGUGGCAUAAGCGGCAUCAGUACCGGUUCAUUUCUAGGCAAGCAAUUCUCGUUUGCCAGUAGCGGUGGCAAGUCAGUGAGUGGCAGCACUUCAAGCGUCGCCUCCGAUGUUAUCUCAGCACAGCCGUCACCCAAACUGGUCGCCGAGAAGACAUACGAUGCACGUUCGGACACCUCAACGAACUCCACAUUGACAGCGGGCAGUAUGAGCGUUAGCGCCAGCUCAGCGGCUAGCUACAGCAGCAAGCCAUCUUCCAGCGUUUUAGAUACAUUCCAAGAAGAGAACAAAUACAAACCAGUCACCAAUUUUGAGCCACAAGAGCGCGUUAAUCCC